UCAUCAACAGUUGCAAUCGAUUCAGCAAUCAAAGCAAACCCCCAAAAACCAAACCUCAAAAAAUGUUCAAAUUCGUUGCCUUCUUUGCUUGCCUGGCUGUGGCUGCCGCUGCUCCUGGUCUGAUUGCCGAGACCCACUCGAUUGUCCAGCCAGCGAUUCUGGCCAAGACCGCCUACGUGGACACCAGCGCCUCCUCGGCCAUCACCCACCAGAGCAACGUGAACCUGGUCCGCAAGGUGCCAGUGGUCUACUCCGCCCCGGUGGUCCAUGCUGCCCCAGUGGUUCAUGCCGCCCCGGUGGUGCAUGCCGCCCCGGUGGUUCAUGCCGCUCCUCUGGUCAAGACUGUGAUCCCAGCCGCUCCCCUCAUCAAGACCGUGGUGCCAGCUGCUCCUGUGGUCCACACUGUGGUCCCAGCUGCUCCUCUGGUCAAGACCGUCAUCCCAGCUGCCCCACUGGUCCACUCCGUGCCUUUGGUCCACAGUGCCCCAGUUGUCUACUCCGCCUACCACAAGUAAAUCGAUUGAGAGCGUGUUGACUUGGUUAUGAUACAAUUGUUAUACGAAAAAAAUAAAUGAGAACAAAAAUGUAUAAAAAUUAA